AUGGAUGAAACAGUCAUUCAAGAACCUGGUGGCUUCCUCCCACAGUCCCUCCCGUCGCCUGCACCAAGCAACGCUUCCCAGAGCUCUACAGCUUCCAACCUCCCGCAUCCUCGCUCCCACCCCUUGCGCGCCGGCUCAGCGAAGGAGGAAGCUGCACGGCGAUAUGUGGAGCGCCGGUUAUUGCACAUCUCUCGACGAUACACGAAGAAAUUCCAACCGCCGGAGCAGGGUGAGGAGGUGCAUGGCUAUGAGAGCAUGACUGAGGCGGCGAAGGAUCUGGGCGAGGUCAUAGAUGUCUUGUGGCUCUCGGGUACUCCAAGUCUGCAAAUCCCCUAUCUCUUGAAUAUCGCAUUAGCCGUAACGACGUACCUUCCUUCUUUCCCACCCGCCCCAGUCUCGACGUUCAAAUUGCUCCGGAAACUGGACCAUGCCUUUGCUAGUUUGUUGAAGGGUGAGGAUAGCGAGACGGGAGAGAUCUUACCGGGGUUUGAGGCGGGGAAGAGGGGCGGUAUGACAAGGACCGAUAUGGUAAGGUGUAAGAGCUUGGUGGAAGCAACGAGGGUGUUGAUCGUGGAAGUCAUGAGUAAGGAGCCGGAAACCGAGAGAGAUGCGGAUGAGAGUGGCAUAGACAUGGAUGCUAUGAGUGUCGAUAGGGAGACGACUUGGGAUGCAGAUGAGGACCCACACGAUAUGGACGUCGCGCGGGUGUAUGAGGCAACCAUCACUCAGUUGGGAACCGUUCUCGAGAAUAAAACGAGUUACGAUGCUGGUUCUGGCUCAAGUUGA